ACGCCGUAGUCAUUGGGAAAACAUGGCAUCUCACACAAGUAAGGCAUUUCUGUCCCUAGGUCGAAUUAAUGUUUCUGGUGUUGGACUCCAGAAAUCACUGAGCAGAGCCACAUACGCGACCGAUGUGUCUACACACACUGGAGGAGGAAAUAAAGGUCACCCUGAUAGAGGCGGUCAACGUCAAGGAUUCAUAAAAAAACAGCGGAGGACUUCAGGGGAGCCCAGGACAGCUAAGAUGGCGGUGGAUCAGGACUGGAUGUCUGUUUAUCCCACAGCCACCCCCUUCAGACCGAGCGCCGUCCCCCUGCCCGUGAGGAUGGGCUACCCCAUGAAGGGAGGCGUCCCUCCAGAGAAGAUGGGCAACUUGGAACUGAUCAAGAUUCCAAAUUUUCUGCAUUUGACACCGGUGGCCAUCAGGAAACAUUGUGAAGCUCUGAAAUCCUUCUGUACAGAGUGGCCCUCUGCCUUGGACACUGACGCCCAAUGUGACGAGCACUUCCCCGUCAAAGUGGAGAGCACAGACUACUUGUCCGCAGCCCCCUCCCUCAGAAACCCCUCAGCUCGGGUUGUUCAUCUCAGAGUAAAACUGUCCAGUUUAAAUCUGGAUGACCAUGCCCGCAAGAAAAUGCUCAAUCUGGUUGGAGAGAGAUACUGCAAGGACACCGAUAUCCUCACCAUCACAGCUGAGCGCUGCCCAUUGAGGAAGCAGAAUCAUGAGUAUGCCAUGUACCUGCUAACUGUCCUUUACCACGAGUCUUGGAAAACCGAGGCCUGGGAGGCUGAGAAGACCGUGGCAGACAUGGAGGACUACAGCUGGGAAGAAAGCCCGUCCCAAAAGAACAUCUUAAGCAUGUUGGUACGCAUGAAAGUGGCGGGAGAAGGAGACGAGGAGGAAGUACGAGAGCAGCUGCUGGGAAGAAAAGAGGUGCAGGAGUACAAGAACUCUGUCGUGCGGCUGAGGAAUGAAGGAGAGAGCGAGAGCACCAUUCUGCAGUACAAAGAGGCCGUGAAGAAAGUGCUCAACCUGUAAUACAGCUUUAUGUACAAAUGUAUUUACAUGAACAUGGUGAAAAUAAGCAGCAGGGACCACAAAAACGUGUCAUUUUGGAUUCCAUGUAUGUAACACAAACACGAGAUUACUACUGCUCCAAUAUAAGGACAUCGUCAAUGGUCUCAACUAAUGUAUUUAUUUUCCAAAAUACUGUCGAAUCAGGUGUAUGAUGCCAUCUUUAUUACAAAAAAUAAAAGCCUAAUGUAAGCGGUUA